AUGGCAGAACAUUUUGUUCGUUUCAAUCGAUUUAAUUAUCGAAACAACUCAAAUCUGGUUAUCCAGAGAGAAGGACCUGCUCCAAGACUCGAUGAAUCCACGGGUGAACCAGAAUCUUUAGCAGGUCGCAUCCUACACAAAAUGGGCGAUAAAGUGAUGCACGAAGCUAUAAAACCAAAACUAAAAAACAAAAGAGCUGCCCAAACUGUCCAAGAUGAACCUUCCAGAAGACGUAAAACAUUCUUGGACAUUAGUAGAGGAGAAAACGUGCUUAACAUAGAUAUAAACGUGGGUUUGAACUAUGUACCAAGGAGCGGAUACACAAGGACUAAGUACCAGGAAAUGCUGACAAUUCUCCAAAAGAUACUAGGAGACCAGCCACAAUCAGUUUUACUUAGCGCUUGUGAUGAAACUUUGCUUUCCUUGAAAACAGAAAACUCGGCAGAGGAAAGAAGAGCUUUGGUGGAGGAUGUGUUGGGUCCAGUUUCAGAUGAAGUCUACUAUAACUUAUUCCAUUUGUCAAAAGAGCUUACAGACUUUAAAAUGGCAUCAGAACAAGAUACGGGGGGAGAUACAUUUGACGAUACUGGAUUGGCAGUGAUAUUUGAUGAAGACGAUAAUCAAGAUACGAAUGAAGUAGUGGAUCCUGAAGGAGAAGAAGAUGAUGAAAACGAACUAGAUCCUCAACUUGGAAUCAGAUACCUCGGGUCAGAAGAAGACAACGCAAAUCUCGAUAAGGAAGAUGAUCUCAAUACAAACAAGAUAGAUGGGUAUUGGCUUCAGAGAGAACUUAACUCAAUAUACAACGAUUACAACAUCGCACAGGCCACAGAGAAGGAGAUUCUGAGUAUCUUAAACAUUGAGGACGUUCAGGAGUGCGAAAAUAAAUUGGUUUUGUUGCUUAAGUAUGAAAACUUUGAUUUCGUAAAACUAUUGUUAAGGAAUAGGUAUAAAAUUAUAUACUGUACAAGACUGGGACAAGCACAGUCACAAGAUGAAAAGAAUAAGAUAUUUGAUGAAAUGUCAAAAACAGCACAAGGACAGCUGGUCUUGCAAGAGUUAUCCCUGAUAAACCUGAAGAAGACAAAACAGCAACUUUUGACACAUAACUUGGAAAAGGAGCUAAUUAAUAUGAAGACAGGACACCACAAGGAUUUGGAAACUAAAAAUGAAGAUGAGUUGGAGGUACCAGAUGAGUUUGUAGAAACAAAAGAAGAUGUAGUACAAACAGCAACAACGACAGGGUUACAGGUUUUGGAUUUGGAAAAUUUGGUAAUAAAGGAUGGAGCACAACAUAUGACUAACGUAAAGGUUGUUUUACCUGAAGGAACAGAAAGAAUAGAACACAAGAGCUAUGACGAGGUUAUAAUAUACCCGGUACAACAUAUGCCAAAAAGUAAUAGAAAGAAGAUAGAAAAACUGCCAAAAUGGUCACAGCUUGCAUUUAAGGGUGUGGAUACUCUAAAUCCAGUACAGUCAACAGUCUUUGAAACUGCAUUCAACACUUCAGAAAAUAUGCUCAUAUGCGCACCGACAGGCUCAGGAAAAACAAAUGUGGCAAUACUGACAAUAUUAAAUGUUUUCAAAAAGCACCUGACACCUAAAGACCAAUCUCUUAAAACUGACUCUAGAGUGGCUGGGGAGUCCAAUGACAGUUUGGAUGGAUUGGAGUUAUCAGAUUGUUAUUUUGACAAGGAGUUUACAGUAAUAUACAUUUCACCAAUGAAAUCUCUAGUUCUUGAACAGACGCAGUCAUUUAAUUUGCGAUUUAAAGAUUAUGGAAUAUCAGUACACGAACUGACAGGAGAAAUGAGCAUGUCAAGAACCCAGAUCCAGAACACACAAAUUAUAGUAACAACACCAGAAAAGUGGGAUGUGGUGACAAGAAAGGAAGGGAUGCUUGAGAGAGUAGAGCUGGUGAUCAUCGAUGAAGUGCACUUGCUUCAUGACAAGAGAGGAAGUGUAAUUGAGUCGUUGGUGACAAGAACAUUCAUGCACGAUAAGGUCACAGGACUAAAGACAAGGAUUGUGGGAUUGAGUGCAACUUUGCCAAACUAUGGAGAUAUAGCAAAGUUUUUGAGAGUUGAUGAAGGAUUGUUUUACUUUGGAAACCACUACAGACCAGUACCAUUGGAACAACACUAUAUAGGAAUUAAGGAGAAAAAGGCAUUGAAACAGUAUAAUAUAACAAAUGAGCUUACAUAUGAGCAUGUGAUAAAGAAUAUUGGAGAGAAGCAAGUUUUAGUGUUUGUGCACUCGAGAAAGGAGACUUACAGAACUAGUAAGAUGAUUUUGGACAAGAUUGUAAGUGAAGAUAAACUAGAACUAUUCAUCAAGGAUGUUGCGUCAAGAGAGAUUUUAACAAGUGAGUCAGAGCAUAUCAAAAACUCAAAUUUGAAAGAAUUGUUACCGUUUGGGAUAGGAAUACAUCACGCAGGAUUGGUAAGAAGUGACAGGAAGUUGGUAGAGGAUUUAUUUUCAGACAAGCAUCUCCAGCUUUUAGUGAGUACUGCAACAUUAAGUUGGGGAGUAAACCUUCCAGCAGGAGUAGUUAUCAUCAAAGGUACUCAGAUAUACGUACCUGAGCAGGGAAGUUGGGAUGAACUGUGUCCACUGAGUGUACAGCAGAUGAUGGGAAGAGCAGGAAGACCACAGUUUGAUACUUUUGGAAAGGGAAUAAUAAUAACAGCCAAUGAAAAACUACAGUAUUAUUUAUCACUCAAUAAUCAGCAGUUGCCUAUAGAAUCCCAACUAAUUGCAAAACUGCCUGAAGUACUCAAUUCUGAAAUAGUGCUCAGAAAUAUAACUAAUUUGCAACAGGCCUUAGAAUGGAUUAAAACAACGUACUUGUACGUCAGAGUAAAAAAGAAUCCACUGCUUUAUGGUUUUGAAACAGAAGAUGAGGAACUAGAUGAAGAUGACAACAUGGAAGGGGAAGAAGAUAAACCUGAACCUAAAAUAGAUAUGGAGAAGCUUGAAAAUUAUUUGCUGGUCCUAAUAAACAGUAGUUUUGUACAUUUGGAGAAGAAUGGUCUGAUAAAGUACGAGAGAAAGAGUGGAAUGGUGACAAGCACAGGGUUGGGAGUUAUAGCAAGUAAUUAUUAUUUGAGGCCAGAGUCAAUUAAGAUAUACAGUGAUAGUUUGAGACCAAAUUUGACAGAUUCAGAUUUAUUGAACAUUUUCAGUUGUUCAGUGGAGUUCAAGUACAUACCAACCAGAGAAGAGGAAAUAGUUGAGCUUCAACAACUCCAACAGCAGAUCCCAAUACCAUGUUCUAAUGCAAACCUGACGGCAACAAGUACAAUUAACAGAGUAGCAGGAAUAGGGGGAAAUAAUAAAAUAAGUAUACUGUUGCAAGCAUAUAUAAGCAGAUUGGAUUUGGAUGGCUAUGCAUUGGUUAGUGAAAUGGGUUACAUAACACAAAACGCACCAAGGAUCUUGACAGCACUCUUUGUAAUCAGUUUGAAGAGAUGUUGGAGUAGCCUGAGUAUUAAGUUGUUUAACUUUUGCAAGAUGGUGGAAAGCCGCAUGUGGCUGCUAAUGCUGCCACUAAGACACUUCAAGACGAUCCCAAACGAAGUUGUGACAAAGUUGGAGAAAAAAGAUAUCCCAUGGGUACGCUACUACGAUCUCAAUGCUGUAGAACUGGGAGAACUAUGCCGUAACCAGAAACUGGGAAAAUCACUUUACAAAUUUGUCCACUUGGUCCCCAAAGUUAAUUUGCAAGUAUACGUCCAACCACUAACGUGUAAUAGAAUAAGUGUUCAUUUAGUGAUAAAAAGAGACUUUGUUUGGGAUUACAAGUAUCACUUUAACUAUCAAAAGUUUCUAUUAGUCAUAGAAGACCCCUCAGAGGAUAAGAUACUCUAUUCCCAGUCAAUAUUGCUGUAUCCCCCUACAAAAGGAAGUAACCCAAAUCAUGAAACUACUAAUCACGAUGAAGGCUUGAAUGAUAAGGAUGAAGGAGAAAGUGUAGAUGAUACUGACAUAUACUUGACGUUGCCAAUUCAGGAACCAAGAGUGUACUGCUAUUUUAUAAGGGUAAUUAGUGAUAAGUGGAUAGGAAGUGAAACAAAUGUGCCGAUAAUAUUCAAUAAGUUAACAUUACCAAAUAAACAAGAUAAGGUAACUACACUCCUAGAUUUGCAACCAAUACCAACAACCACAUUGGUUAAAUCAGCUUCACUAAACGGUAGAGAAGACGGUCAAGGGAUUGUGGCCUCUAAAGAUGAAAUGGAAAACUUACUUAAAUACUAUAUUCGCAACUUCAAGUACAACCAUUUCAAUAAUAUCCAAACUCAAGUCUUCAGCAGUUUCUACUGUACAGAUGAGAACGUUUUAUUGUCAGCACCAUAUGGUUCUGGGAGGUUCACAUGUGCUGAACUGGCAGUUUUGAGAACUCUUUUGCAAUUAAAGGAAAAGGCCACAAUAGUAGUGGUUGUCCCUUUUGAAAACUUGUUGAGAAAGAGAUUUAAGAGACUUGUGAGUAGGUUUGGAGAGGUUUGUUCAGUUGCCGAGUUGACGGGGGAUUUUAAGCAGGACUUCCAAGUUGUGCUAAGUAAUACAAUCACAGUAACAACAGCAAAGAAUUAUAAUCAUCUUCUUAACAGAUAUAAGAAUAAACUGAUACAAAACGUUAAUCUCUUGGUAUUUGAAGGAGUGGAGUUCUUGUCAGAUGAACUUUACGGAGUGAGUAUUGAGCUUUGUCUAACCCAACUGAGGUACUACACGACUUUGUAUAACAGUGUGGAGCUUAAGAGAGAAGAUUCAGGUAACACAUUAAAUGGAAAUAGUGUGAUGAUGAAUAACAAAAGUAGGCUUGUGGUUAUUACAAGUAGCUUGUACAACAACUUGGAUGUGUGUAACUGGCUGGGUAUUAACACCUAUUACAACUUUAACAACUUUGUGAGGCAAGUCCCAAUAACAGUAAAUCUGUAUACAUUCGACCAAAUUGACCAAGUUACAAGACAAAACUCAAUGAUUUCAACAAUUAACAAGUUUGUUACAAAUAAAACUAAAGUUCUAAUUGUUACCACAAAUACAGUGUACACUAAACACCUUUCGUUGAUUUUGGACCUACAUUUGAAUGGCCCACAACAAAAUCACGUGAACCACAAUGAACAUAAUUCUCAUUUAGAUAAGGCCAGUGGGUCAGCUGUGUCUAAAUUAUUUUCUAAAUACAAACUGUUUAAUGAGUUAAAAAGUGUUCUGUAUGCAUAUGAAGGGUUCAGUGAGGAUGAGGUAGAGUUGGUUGAGAGUCUGUUUGCAAAGGACCCUAGAUACAGAGUGUUGAUAGUCACCAGUCAAGUGUUAUGGAACCUUAACAUAAAGUGUCCUUACGUCAUUGUGGCAGACGUAAACGCAAGCUACACUAACCGUCCCUUAGUUCAAAAUUAUUACACACAAUAUGACCUUCAGUAUAUACUGUCCUUGGCAAAUCCCACAUCAAAUUAUGACAAAUCAGACGAUCAUGAGGAUGAGGAUCUUGAAUGUAUAUUUUUGUUGGAAAAUAACAAGAAGGAGGAAGUGAAAAGGAUGCUAUAUGACUCAGUUGUGGUGGAGAGCAACCUGGAGUUGAGUUUGGAAGAAGCACUAAAUAACGAAAUUGUAAGAGGACUUAUUAAAACACCACAAGAAGCAAUUGACUGGCUAACCUGGACUUUUUAUUACAGAAGGCUUUCAAAGAACCCAAAUUAUUAUUCUUUGAUUGCAACAACACCUCAACACUUGUCAGAACACCUAUCUGAAUUAAUAGAAAAUACUAUAUACAAUUUGAAGAACAUGGGACUGAUACAAACGUCUCAAGACCUACCUGAUUCUGAAGAGGAGAUUGAAGAGAUAAUGGCAGUAAACCUGGGUCAUAUUGCCUCAUUUUAUUCAGUAAGAUGUGGAACUAUUGAAUUAUUUGCAAAAAAUAUUAAGGAAAACACUUCAAGAGAUCAAUUGCUACAACUGUUAUCAAACGCGCAGGAACUUUCAUUAGUACAGAAAAGACCAAAUGAAAAAAUAUUUAAACAAUAUCUAGACCAUCUCACAGUCCAACAGAAAGUAUUACUUUUACUCAAGUGCCACAUGGAGAGAACCAUUUUAUCAAAUGAAUUAUUUGUGGAUCUUCACUUUGUCCUUAAAAAUGUUACAAAUUUGUUAUAUGCACUUAUUGACGUGAUUAGCAGCCAUGAGUACUUGAAGCCUGCACUAUUGGCUAUGGAACUAAUGCAGAGGAUAGUUCAGGCACUUACUUUCACAGAUUCACCCUUGUUGCAACUUCCACACUCUAAUAGGGAAUUCGUAUCUAAAGCAAAUUCAAUGAAAGUCAAUGAUUUAUUUGAUUUUAUUGGGAUGGAAGACGACGAUAGAAACAAACUCCUUUCUAGCUUUAACAAAUCUGAAGUACUGGAUAUCGCCAAUUUCUGUAACUCUAUUCAAAUACUGGAUAUUGAAUUCAAAUUCAAUAACAAAAACGUUAAACCUUCGCAAUCAGUAACGUUACUGCUGAAUAUAACCAAAGAAGGGAACAACGAUGUUAUUAACGCUCCUUAUUUUCCUGUCGACAAAAAGGAACAGUGGUGGAUUGUCGUAGGCGACACCAAAGAUAAUAAACUAUACGGAAUCAAGAGAACCUCUCUGAACGAAACCAAUAGUGUUAAGCUGGACAUUGAAGCUCCUUCUAUGAAGGGAAAACACGAACUUACUUUAUACGUAGUCAGUGACUCAUAUGUAUCAACAGACUACCAAUAUAAAUUAGAACUAAAUGUCGUAUAAAAUUUUAACUAUAAUAUACUACACUAUA